AUGCGGUGCCGGCCCUUCCAGCUGCGGAAGGCGCUGCUGAGCCGGAGGAGGUCCCGGCUGGUGCUGGCCUUCGGGGUGCUGGCGCUGGGCCUCUGGGCCGCUUACCUGGAGCUGGUGGCCCUGGCCGAGGCAGGAGGACACCCCCUCAGCCGCAGAUAUGAAAGCUGGAAUGAAUUGGCUAAAGCUCUGGGAAAGCAAGACACUCCUAUAGUCGAUUCAGUCAUUCAUGUUUAUCAGCCUCAGAGGCCAGAGCAUCAGUUCCAAGGUCAAGCCAAUCUCCAUGUCUUUGAGGACUGGUGUGGUGGCUCUAUAGAACAGCUGAGGAGGAAUCUCCACUUCCCAUUGUAUCCUCAUACACGGACCACUUUGAAAAAACUGGCAGCAUCUCCACAUUGGAAAAACUAUGGAUUGCGUAUAUUUGGCUAUCUGCAUCCAUUCAGUGAUGGUGAGUUUCAAUUUGCCAUCGCUGCUGAUGACAAUGCAGAAUUUUGGCUGAGUCCAAGUGAGAACAUCUCAGAACUGCAGCUGUUGGCCAGUGUAGGCAAGACUGGGAAGGAGUGGACAGCACCUGGGGAGUUUGGAAAAUUCAAGACCCAAAUGUCAAAGCCGGUGAAAUUGUCAUCCACAAAUAAGUACUACUUUGAGGUAUUACACAAGCAAGAUGACAAAGGAACAGACCAUGUGGAAGUGGCAUGGAAGUUGAAUCACCCAGAAACCACGUUCACAAUUAUCGACUCUCAGUUCCUCUCCCUUUAUAUUAAUGAAACUCUUUUGAAAAUGGAUAAGGUUGACCACAUUCCACAGACACUGGCUACUCAUAAAAGUCGGAUUCCUCCCAAUCAGGCCGCAAUGGAGCAUCCAGCAGACAUGCUAAAACCUGAUCCCCGAGACACCAUUUAUACAAUGCCUAUCAUAAGAAAGUCACAGAUUCGCAAGAUCCUUCCAGACUGCCACUACAAACCAAGCUACUUGGUCAAGGGACUUCCAUUAAGCCGAUACCAGGGACUCCAGUUUGUUCACUUAUCCUUUGUAUAUCCCAAUGACUAUACUCGGCUGACCCAUAUGGAGACACAAAACAAGUGCUUUUACCAGGAAAAUGCCUAUUAUCUAGAAAGAUUUGGAUUCUCCAAGUACAUGAAAAUGGACCAAUCAGAGGGCAGAAACCUAGAUUCUGAGGAGAUAGUAAAAUUGCCAGGCUAUGAAGAAGGAAAUCUUGAUGAUGCUCAAUAUGUUGACUCAGAAAAGGAAGAUACAAUUUCUCCAUUAAAUCCUACUACACCAAAGUCUGAACAGGGGCCUCUUCUGACCACGGGGUAUGCCAAUGUUUAUGAUUAUUCCCCACAAAAGCAUCGAAAUCUCUUAGCAAUACCUGGAAGAAUUACACAGAGCAAAGAAAAUAAGAAACAGAAAAUAGCUUCAGUCAGUCAGAAUGACAGUAAAGCCAACACAGGAGGAAUUUCACCAAUGAGGAAGCCUCCUUUGAAAGAAAGAAUCAAAGUAAACUCCAGAAACUCUUCUAAUCAUGACAGGACUGUCCAUGAGUUAUCAACUACCAAGAGGAAAGUGGGAGAUGAGGGCUUCCAGGUUAAUAAAAAGUCCAAAGUGGCAAGAGAACAAUACGCCAGGCACAGGGAAACAGUUGAAAGGAUCACAAGAGAACCUAGUCCAGUUCAGUUAGGUUUUAGUAUAAACAGAAACAAGAACCUAUCCUUAGACACCACAAAAACAAGAAGGCAUGUCCAAAUAUUGGAGAAAAGAACUGAAAAGGCAACCCUUCAAGAAAAACCUGUUCAUGAAGACCAAUGGCUUAAUCAAGUGGAUUCAUAUAUAGCCAAGCAUAAGGCAGCAGAUGCUGCAAAUGUCAUUUUAGGAAGGGUCAAUCUGGAUUCCCACCACACUUUCCCUGUCAGGACUGAUUCUGCCCAGCCAACAGUGCAAGAGAAGAAGGAUGGAGGGCAAGUAGUGGUUCUGGAAGAAGAGGAAGAAAAAGCUGAUGAGGAGGAAGAAAGCUUUGAAUACAUGCCUGUGUUUGACCAGGUAGUGAACUGGGAACAGACUUUCCAGGCAAACAACUUGGACUUCCAAAUGCUGCGAACAGAUUGGAUUGAUUUAAACUGCAACACUUCAGGGAACCUCCUCUUGAAAGAGAAGGAAGCCUUAGAGGUCACUCAAGCCUUCCUAAAGAAGCUCAACCAGAAGAACAAAGGGCGAUUCCAGCUGCAGCGCAUUGUGAAUAUAGAGAAGCGGCAGGACCACAUAAGGGGCAGCCGAUACCUUCUUGAGCUGGAGCUGGUGGAGCAGGGAAAGCGCACUGUCCGAUUCUCAGAAUACAUCUUUGCACGGGACUGGCAUGGUGGUAGCAGCAAUGAGGAAGAGAUUAUGAGGAACCUAGCAUGGGGCCGCCGGCGUCACCUCAUGGCUACUAUGGAUGAGCCAGCUCUUUGCUGGCCUUCAGGCUUUUCCUGGAAUCAUCGUGCUGUUGUCCACUUCAUAGUGCCAGUGAAAAACCAAGCGCGCUGGGUGAUGCAGUUUAUUUCUGAUAUGGAAGAGCUAUUGAAGGUUACUAAGGACCGCUACUUCAAUGUUAUCAUCACAGACUACAGUAGUGAUGACAUGGAUGUAGAACAGGCUCUGAAAAGGUCCACCUUGCGCAGAUACCAGUACUUGCGGCUGACAGGAAAUUUUGAGCGCUCCGCAGGCCUGCAGGCUGGGAUAGACUUAGUGAAGGAUUCCCACAGCAUCAUUUUCCUGUGUGAUCUACACAUCAGAUUUCCAGCAGGGAUCAUUGACUCCAUUCGGAAGCACUGUGUAGAAGGGAAAAUGGCAUUUGCCCCCAUGGUUAUGAGGCUGCAUUGUGGUGCAUCCCCACAACAGCCUGAUGGCUACUGGGAAGUGAAUGGCUUUGGUCUCCUAGGAAUAUACAAGUCUGAUCUGAUUCGUAUUGGAGGAAUGAACACCAAAGAGUUCCGGGAUAAAUGGGGAGGAGAGGACUGGGAACUCUUGGACAGAAUCUUUCAGGCUGGUCUGGAGGUGGAACGGCUCUCUCUCAGGAAUUUCUUCCACCACUUUCACUCCAAGCGGGGCAUGUGGAACCACUCCAAAUGGGGCAUGUGGAACCGACGUCCAUUGAAGGUGUGAGGAACAUUUGCACUCCUGAAUCCCAGCAGGCACUUUAUCCAGGCCUGCCACCAAGCAGAAAACAUCCCUCUGUCCUGCAGAAAUCAUAGCACGAGUUAAGAUGUUCACAUAUAAAUGUUUGCAUGUAACGAAAAAAGAUGUUGAAGUGUGGAAUGGAGAACUUUUUCUGUAAGGGAGGGGACAGACUCAGGAAGAAGGUGCCUUACCUCUAGCAUCUUUUAUUCAGCAAAGUGACCUUUGAAAGUGUGAAUAUACUUUUGCACCAACACCAGCACACCACAGCAGUGCUUCUAGGAAGCAGGAAGCCUGCUAUAUAGAUUCUUCCCUAGCCAAGCACAAAAGCCUUUUUUUAAAAAACAAACGAACAGUGCCUUCCUAUUUCUUUAAAAAAAAUUACAUGAUGCUUUAAAUUAUUAAAAAGAAAAUGCAGAAAUAAUGCCAUGGAUCUUACAUGCAACUGAACUAUUUCUUAAAUUCUUUGGCAUCCAUUAUGUGGAAGGGCAGUUUUUCUGCCAACAGAAGUCAGAGUAGUCCGGUGAAUGGGUACAAAUGAAAAUGUGCCAGAACUGGAGUGACUUGCCCAACAUGGUAGGAGGAGAAUUAUACAUUCAUAUCAAGUAUAGAUUAUCUUCUUUUGAACAUACUUGAACAGCAACAACGAAAAUUCCGAAAUCCAUGCCUUUGGACCAAAUGUGAGCUGUGUCUGCAUACCUGCACAUCUAUCCAUUGAGGAGAUACAGAGGAGUUAAUGGGUUCCUUUCUUUACUUCAAGCCAAUUAUGCCUUGCUCAGGUACAGCAAAAGGAACGUGGGCCUUAUAUUGAAACUGAAUUAAAUUUCUUUUUCCAGGAUUAUUCAGCUGUCCAUUUGACUGAGUUACGGUCAAGGGGUUGAAACCAAACCAGGACCUGAAUUAGAUGUUGACACAGAAUUGUGUUGAUCCUAGCAGUCAUAUGAAAUGUCAGGAAUAAACUCUUGUAGAAUAUGGCCACAGAGCCUGAAAAACCCACAAAAAAAAACCUAUGGAUGCCGGCCAUGAAAGCCUUCGACUUCACAAGUCAUAUGAAAUGUUGAGUAUGGAACAUAAGGAACUGGACAUAUGGACAUGAGACCAAUUCCUCUUUCUUCAAGCCUAACACUAGGUAGAUUCACUGUCCUAGCAUGUUUACUCAAAAGUCAGCCCCAUGGGAUUCAAUGGCUUUCAUAUGCUUUUUCUAUUUAUUGUGCAAUUCUAAUGUUGGCUGGUUUGCAUUUUUAUUGCAAGGUGCUGUAAGCCAUUCUAGGAAAAAUAAUUUUGAAGGACAGGAUAUAAUAUUGUUUUGUAAAAUAAUAGAAAUUUAAGUUACAGUUUAUUACAUCCAGGUAUUGAUUGUGUAUGAAGAAUACUGUAGGUGUGCUUGCAUCUGUGUAAGAAAAGGAGACAGAGAGAGAGAGAGAGAGGUGUAAGCUCCUCCGUAAGAAAAGGAAUUGAGGCUAGUUUGGUAUAGUGGUUUGAGUGUUGGACUAGGACUCCAUGAAACUAGGGUUCAAACAUUCCCUUGGCUCUAGAAACCCACUGGGUGGCCUUGGGCAAGUCACAUUCUCUCAGCUUCAGAGGAAAUGGCAAAUGGCAAACCCUCUCUGGACAAGUCUUGUGAUGAAAACCCCAUUUUGUUUGGGGCAGCAUAAGUCAGAAAUUACUUGAAGGCAUAAAACAGCAACAAGAAGAUGCAAACCUAUUGCUUAUCUGCAUUGCAAUUUUAGAAGGACCAGCAAAGCAGCUUUCUUUUGUGCUAGUAGAUGCAAGAUUUGAGCAUGACAUACUCAGGAAAUAAGCCUUUCAAUUAGUUGUAGUAGCAGAUUGGUAGAAGCUGUUUAGUUGAGUUUUACAUCUGUAUGUGGGGGGUGGGGCUUGCCCAUAAGUCUCUAUUUUUUUCCUAAAUUGAGUUUUGAACAGUGCCAGACUAUAAUAUGCUGUUCAGGAAUCUGCUAACUUACUCUCUUACCCAGUGAUGAUCAUAGCUGAUAACCCCAAAUCUUUCUAUACUUGUAAAGACCUCUUUACAGUGUAUUUGGUGCCAGGAAACACGGCAUAGGAACAAGGGAGGCCUUAUUAGAAAAUCUGAAUCCUGGCUAUAUGAGAGCUGAAGGCACAAUGAUGUCAGCUUUGAUUCAGCUUAUUUGCACUCUGCGUAAGACUGGUGUUGUGACCAUGGAAAUGUUGAGCGCUUGGCAGUAUGAAAAUGUUCCAAAUGUUCAAGAGUUGAGGCACAACUUAAAUAAGUUUUACAAAAAGGGAAUCCUGAUAAUAGUUGUGUAUAAAGAACCAGCUCUUGUUGACAAUUCAGUCCUGGAUUAAUUAUCUUCCUGUCCUGAUUGAUUCAUGUAAAUAUGAGUAUUGUAGAGUGGUGUGAGAAAGAUUUCAGUCUCAAAGGGCUACAAUCCAGCUGCUUAGACAUCCAGGCACAGGGAGACAGUUUCAGAGAAGUUCAAUUAUUUUAUCCCAGGAAGGACAGUGCUUGGGGCACAGAGUAGUUCUCAUAAUUAAGGCCAGUUGCAGCAGCUUUUAUGUGCCAGCUCUUAUGCACCCCAAGAUGGCAUUUGGAGUUCAGAAAUGGAUCUUCAGAAAUUUGUCUGUGUAAGAUGCUGCGGACAAAGGGAUCCCAUCCUCACUUCCCUUUACCAAUCACCACCAGCAUAUUCAUAAGGCUGGCUUUUCAAGUUGUCUAGCUCACCUGCAUUGCUGUGUAAUAUAUAUAUGUGUGUGGAGGACUUGACAGUGUAGUUCAGAAGUGUGAAAAAUGGAUAAAAUAAGCUCUGCUCCCUUCUGAAACCAACCAAGAGUUAGAACAUUUCUUUCAUACCAGAAGGAAUGUUUUGGUUGCCUCAAUUUUGAUACAUGCUGCUCAGUUCUAAAUGUAGGAAGUCAACAGCUGAUGCAUUUGCUGUUUCCUCUCUUGAGGAAAAACAUAUGCUAGUUGUAUCUUGUUAAUUUAUUUAAAGAUUAUGAUUGACAUCUUGUUGGUUAAUCCCAACUACAGUAGAAAUGUUCAAUCUGUUGUUGAAUGGUGAGUCACCAUGUAGGUAAAUUCCAUUGAUUCAGUGGGUCUACAGUAGUCAGAACUAAUAGGAUUUAGGCCAUAUUCAUCUAUAUUAGACCAUUCUGUCCUAGAAAUUAGUUUUUAAAUGGACAAGACUUCUGGAUUUUGUUUUGCACUGAACUUUAUGUUCAACACCAUACUUUAUGUUUAAGAUUACAGGGACAGAUACAGUGACUUGAUAAUUCCAACCUUUUAGGAAGAUAAAUAUAUCAAGGAAACAUAUUCAUGGGUAGACAUGUUGGCCAUAAAGUAAAAUAAAAUGGAUUUUUAUUUUGCCUGUAUCAAGUCAGACCAUUGGUUGGUCUAGCCGAGCAACCCAUGUAAUCCUACAGAUGUUGCUAUAGUCCAACCCCCAGUUUUCCUCACCAUUUACUAUGCUGACUUAGGUUACUGGGAGAUGCAGUCCAACAACACCCAAAGAGCUAUGUGAUUCCCAACUCUGGCCUAGACUAGUAUUGCCAAUUUUAGCUGUCUGUAUCUCUCUGAGAUUUGUGAUAGGGCUCCUUCCUGCUUGGACAUCCAUAUUAUUCAUCAAAGUACUAGAAUCAUAGAAUCAUAAAGUUGGAAGAGACUACAAGGGCCAUCCAGUCCAA